CUUCUGGGAUUCCCAAAUAGUUUGCAAAGGAAUAGACUUUUUAGAGGAAGGGAAUAUCGAACUCCGAGGCCAGAAAAUUGGUUUUCUAGUCAGAUAGAGGAAAGAGAAAAUCCCGCUGGUGGAAGAAGAAGAAGAAGAAGAAGAAGAAGAGAUGUUAAGAGCAGCAGCUAGACGGCUCUCCAGUCUUGCUUCAUCAUCACCGUCAUCCUCCUGGAAGCCCCACCAUGCCCUUUCAGGAUUCGUUUCCAGGAAUCUGAUUACCACCGGUGAUUCGUCCGCUGAUGAUGUUAGAUCAACGGGUGGCUUCACCAAUUCUCUUCUCUUUCAUCUUCCGUGCAGAGGUUUUGCUUCCGAGUCACUUACUCCAAGAAAUGAAAAUAGCCUGACUAUAGGUCUUCCUCCGACGGUGGCUGCUGUUCAGAACCCCAGCCCAAAGAUUGUCUAUGAUGAGUACAACCAUGAGCGUUACCCUCCAGGUGACCCCAGCAAGCGAGCAUUUGCAUAUUUUGUUCUGAGUGGAGGUAGGUUUGUAUAUGCUUCACUGAUCCGUCUUCUCAUCCUCAAGCUUGUAUUGAGCAUGUCUGCCAGUAAGGAUGUUCUUGCACUGGCGUCUAUUGAGGUUGAUCUUUCCAGCAUUGAGCCAGGCACCACUGUGACUGUCAAGUGGCGUGGAAAGCCUGUCUUCAUCAGGCGCCGAACUGAAGAUGAUAUCAAGUUGGCAAACAGUGUUAAUUUGGGAUCUCUUCGCGACCCACAACCAGAUGAAGAGAGAGUCAAGAAUCCAGAAUGGCUGGUUGUGGUUGGGGUCUGCACACAUCUUGGUUGCAUCCCUUUGCCCAAUGCUGGUGAUUUUGGAGGCUGGUUUUGCCCAUGUCAUGGAUCUCAUUAUGACAUAUCAGGCAGGAUUAGAAAAGGGCCGGCACCCUACAAUCUGGAGGUACCUACUUACUCCUUCUUGGAUGAGAACAAGUUGCUGAUUGGUUGAUAAGUUAAGGAAAGUGUCCCUGUUUCUUUGGAUGUUAAGGUUUCUUUGCUUACCCAGAUAAUGUCGAAGACUUGUCAAAUAUCUUUUGUUUAUUGCUCCCCAUUCGGGUUGGUUAGAACCUAUAUGUAACCCUCAAACUGUAAUUUGUUCUGAUCAGUGCUGCUCUUAAGUUUGAAUAAGUUGGCAAGCGUUUUCUGGAGCUUGCACAAACUUGGUGCUGGAUUAUCUCAGACAUUAUUAUCAUACAAUUUUAUUCAAUA